GAAUGUACCCAUCAUGCCAUUUUCCAGAAGCACCACCCAGAGCCAGGAACUUCCAGGCACUAAGGAGGCAUCGUGCAACCCGUUCUGUCUGUCCGUGUGUCUAUUUUGCAUGUUGCAUUCUGAUUCAAGAGCCUGAAGAGUUGGAAGUUUUAGCAAUGUUCAUCUUUAUUUUUCUGUCCUUGUGGACUCUUCUGGUGAUGGGCAGGGAGGAAGGUGGUGCUGGGAGUGAGGAGGGAGUUGGGAAGCAAUGUCAUCCCAGCCUGCCUCCCCGCUGCCCCUCCGGAUCCCCUAGUGACCAGCCCUGGACACACCCUGACCAGAACCAGCUGUUUGCAGACCUGAGCCGAGAAGAGCUGACAACUGUGAUGAGCUUCCUGACUCAGCAGCUGGGGCCAGACCUGGUGGAUGCAGCCCAGGCCCGACCCUCAGACAACUGUGUCUUCUCGGUAGAGCUGCAGCUGCCCCCCAAGGCUGCAGCCCUGGCCCACCUGGACAGGGGGAGCCCCCCACCUGCCCGGGAGGCACUGGCCAUCGUCUUCUUUGGCGGACAACCCCAGCCCAAUGUGACUGAGCUGGUGGUGGGGCCUCUGCCCCAGCCCUCCUACAUGCGGGAUGUGACCGUGGAGCGUCAUGGCGGCCCCCUGCCCUAUUACCGACGCCCUGUGCUUCUCCGAGAGUACCUGGACAUAGACCAGAUGAUCUUCGACAGAGAGCUGCCCCAGGCUGCUGGUGUCCUCCACCACUGCUGCUCCUACAAACAAGGAGGACAGAAACUUUUGACCAUGAAUUCAGCUCCCCGUGGAUUACAAUCAGGUGAUAGGUCCACUUGGUUUGGCAUCUACUAUAACAUCACAAAGGGUGGGCCUUACCUGCAUCCCGUGGGGUUGGAGCUUCUGGUAGACCAUAAGGCUCUGGACCCUGCCAAUUGGACUGUCCAGAAGGUGUUCUUUCAAGGUCACUACUAUGAGAGUCUGGCCCAGCUAGAGGAGCAGUUUGAGGCUGGCCGGGUGAAUGUGGUGGUGAUCCCAGAUGAUGGCACAGGUGGGUUCUGGUCCCUGAAGUCCCAGGUGCCUCCGGGUCCAACUCCCCCUCUGCAGUUCCAUCCUCAGGGCCCCCGCUUCAGGGUCCAGGGCAAUCAAGUGGCCUCCUCAUUGUGGACUUUCUCCUUUGGCCUCGGAGCUUUCAGUGGUCCUAGGAUCUUUGACGUUCGAUUCCAGGGAGAACGGCUGGCUUAUGAGAUCAGCCUGCAAGAGGCUGGCGCUGUCUAUGGUGGGAAUACCCCAGCAGCAAUGCUCACGCGCUAUAUGGAUAGUGGCUUUGGCAUGGGUUACUUUGCCACACCCCUGAUUCGUGGGGUAGACUGCCCUUACCUGGCCACCUACAUGGACUGGCACUUCGUUGUGGAGUCCCAAGCCCCCAAGACACUACAUGAUGCCUUUUGUGUGUUUGAGCAGAACAAGGGCCUGCCCCUGAGGCGACACCACUCAGAUUUUCUUUCCCACUAUUUUGGGGGCGUUGCGCAGACAGUGCUGGUCUUCAGGUCUGUGUCCACGAUGCUCAACUAUGACUAUGUGUGGGAUAUGGUCUUCUACCCCAAUGGGGCCAUAGAAGUCAAAUUGCAUGCCACGGGCUACAUCAGCUCAGCGUUCCUCUUUGGUGCUGCCCGAAGAUACGGAAACCAGGUUGGGGAACACACGCUGGGCCCCGUCCACACCCACAGUGCCCACUACAAGGUGGAUCUGGAUGUGGGAGGACUGGAAAACUGGGUCUGGGCUGAGGAUAUGGCUUUUGUCCCUGCGGCGAUACCCUGGAGCCCUGAGCACCAGAUACAGAGGCUGCAGGUGACCCGGAAGCAGCUGGAGACCGAGGAGCAGGCUGCCUUCCCCCUGGGAGAGGCCUCCCCUCGCUACCUGUACCUGGCCAGCAACCAGAGCAACAAGUGGGGGCACCCUCGCGGCUAUCGGAUCCAGACCGUCAGCUUUGCUGGGGGGCCGAUGCCCCAGAACAGCCCCAUGGAGAGAGCCUUCAGCUGGGGGAGGUACCAGCUGGCCGUGACCCAGAGGAAGGAGACAGAGCCCAGCAGCUCUAGCAUCUUCAAUCAGAAUGACCCCUGGACUCCCACCGUGGACUUCUCUGACUUCAUCAACAAUGAGACCAUUGCUGGAAAGGACUUGGUGGCCUGGGUGACAGCCGGUUUCCUGCACAUCCCACAUGCAGAGGAUAUUCCCAACACGGUGACGGUGGGGAACGGUGUGGGCUUCCUCUUGCGACCCUACAACUUCUUUGACCAGGAGCCCUCCAUGGAUUCUGCUGACUCCAUCUACUUCCGGGAAGGCCAGGAUGCUGGGUCCUGUGAGGUCAACCCCCUGGCUUGCCUGCCCCAGGCUGCUACCUGUGCCCCUGACCUCCCUGUCUUCUCCCACGGGGGCUUCCCUGAGUACUAGCUGGUCCUUGGGGUGAGGAAUGUGUCUAGGACCCAAAGACAAGGGAGAGUGGAGAGGGGAGGGGCUGGGCACUGAGUUUCUCCCAGCUCCCACCCCAGGGUCCUCCCUCUCCCAUCUUCUGCCCUUGCCUCCUCAACCCUGCUGGGAGUAUCCAUAGCCUGUGCUGCCUGACCCAUGGGCUUCUCAACUCUGUUGACUCCAGACCUGCUGCAUUUCUAUCGCAGAGAGAAAAGGAAUGGCCAACUGGGAGUCUAGAGUGAUGAUUAAACCUUUCAAGAAAACUUAA